AUGUCAUUUUGGCCUUUCCGUACAGGCAAUGAUGAUCGAUUUCAAGUGAGCAGCAAGGAGGAAACAAUAUACGAUGCAAUCAAGGGUGAGAUGCCUCCACACCGCUAUGAAACAGAAGUCAGUAAUUAUUUAGAGUGGCGCUGGCGUAGGGGUUUAAUCCAAAGUGUCUUUCCAGUGACAUGUUAUAGUGCGGUAUUGGGUUUAGCACUGGGUUUUCGUCAAGCACGCUUGGAAGGACGAUAUAUCGGUCGCUAUAGGGUGUUAUGGCGCUACAGUUCCACAUUUGCUGCGGUAGGACUUUUGACCACAGCGUUCCAUCAUUUGCUUGUAGUGCGUAAUAAAUAUAACGAUCGGAUGCAUUAUCCUAUGAUAGCUGGAGCAUCGGGUGCCGUCGUAUUGACAAUGGCAUCACAAAUGGGAACCAUUUCCCAAGGCAUGCUUGCUGGCUCCUUUAUCGGGGUUCUGUACACAGCUGGUUGUUAUGGCAUGACGUACUAUCACAAGCGUCGUUUGAAAAUUUUUUUGUCUCAGCAGCAACUGCAACAAGUGCCUAUUCACAGGGUAUCGCCCGAGUUGCAGCCCAUGUACAGGGCAUACCUUUAUGACAACAGGCCAUUGGAGGAGGAAGAUUUUCUCAAACGACAGGCCGUUGUCUUAUCGUUGGGCGAAGAAGACGUGGGGUUGGACGCAAAACGCAUAGUCAGCAACAUGGUUCCCGAGAUUGUGGACUGGGUGAACUUCCCCGAUUGGUGGCCGCUGAAGUUUCCUACACAGACAGAGGAGGAACGAAUGAUUCUUGAGCGCAAACGCCAAGAAGAGGUAGAGCGGCGGAAACGCCUUAUUUUGGAGUCGGAGGAUGGUGCCUUGUUGAAGCGCGUCAACAGAGCCAAAAAUUACCGAGAUGCGUAG